UGGGGUAUUAUGGGAAAAGAAAUAUUAACAAAGUCAACACGAAAAUGACUCUUCUCUUUAAGAAGAACAAAAGCAAGACCUAAGAAAGUAUACCACAAAGGCAGGAGUGAAGUGAAGCAAAAUCAAGGGUUUUCUUGUAAUGGAUGUGAGUGAGUGUGAGAGCAUGGAACUUCAACAUUUUAGUCAUCCACAUCCUUUGGUCUUCAAAUAUCAGACUGUCGCAAGCGAAGAAGUAGACCCAGAAGCAGCUCUUUGCCUUGGGUGUGAGAAACCUGUAGAGGGCUGGAGCUAUGGCUGCAAUCCAUGUGAGUUUUAUCUUCAUAAGGAAUGUGCUGAGUUAGAGUUAGCCCCCCAGAUUCAGCAUCCCUUCCACUCGAAACACCCUCUCACUCUUUUGCCAAAGUCACCUUAUUCUGGGGGGCGCGGAAUUUGCGAUUUUUGUGUUAAGGCAUCACGGGGAUUUUUUUAUCAUUGUUAUGCUUGUAAGUUCGACCUGGACAUCAAUUGUGCUUUGCUUCAAUCAUCCAUUGCUGCAAAUUUUCCUAAUUCUUUGCACCCCCAUCCAUUGUUCUUCAUUCAAAACCAUAACAACGAAGUCGAUUCUGAUUGCUCCGGGUGUCAAAAACCAAUAUCUGGUCCAUUUUACCACUGCUCAGAUUGCAGAUAUCCUAGAGUUUUUAACCUUCAUAAGGAAUGUGCUGAACUACCCCUUGAGAUUAAUCACCCCUGUGACCGUAAGCAUCCUCUUACUCUCUUCCCACAACCGCCUACUCAUCCACAGAAAUGUAGUUGCUAUUUGUGCAGAAUCCAAUGGGAGGGGUUUGUUUAUUCCUGCUCUCUUUGCAACUUUGAUCUUUCACUUGAUGAUUUUUUUUCACCACCAAUAAUCACAGUUGCAAGUCAUGAACACCCGUGGAUGCUUGUAUCUAGAAAAAUGUCAUUUGUUUGUGAUUUUUGUGGCACCGUCGGAGAACAAUCCCCAUAUCACUGCGCUACAUGUCAGCUCCUUGUCCACAAGAACUGCAUUUCAUUGCCACGCCACAUCAUGAUAUCACGACAUCCUCACACGAUUUCUCUUUCUUAUUCUUUUAGACAAAAUCAAGUUGAAGAUCGGAUGUGCAGAGUUUGUCAUUUGGAAGUUGAUACAAGCUACGGCUGUUACCGUUGUUCUGCUCCUGAUUGCAAUUAUAUUGCUCAUGCACUUUGUGCAACUGCUAAAGCAAUUUGGGAUGGAACAGUUAUGCUUGAAAGCUAUGAUGAGAGGUCCGAGGAAGUGGUGCAUGAACCUUGGAAUUUGAUUACUGAUGUUGUUGAACAAAUUAGUAGUGGAGAGCUAAUGGUAGCAAGUAAGAUCAAGCAUUUCUAUCAUGAUCAUAAUUUAAGACUCACUUUUAGUGGGAAGACCAAAGAUGACGAUAGUCAGUGCUAUGGGUGCAUGAGACCUAUAUCAACUCCUUUUUAUAGUUGUGAGCAAUGCAAGUUCUUUCUCGACAAAGAUUGCGCUGAAUUGCCUAAACAAAUGCCACACCCAUUUCACAAGCAUUUGCUUACUCUCUCAAACUCACACGAUGAUAAAGGUUUUUCAUUGUGCAAUGCUUGCGGUCGUUGGUAUCAAGGAUUUAGCUACAAAUGCUACAAAGGAGAUUGCAGCUUCGAAAUUGACAUUCAUUGUAUGUUAUUUUCGGACACCUUGGAGCAUCCAAGUCAUGAGCAUUCACUCUUUCUUGUCCAUAACAACAAGGGAACGAGGUGCAGUGCUUGUUUCAGAAGACUAAUAGGGGAUGUUGCAUAUAGAUGCAUGGAGCGCUGUGAUUUCAUUUUAGAUGUAGGUUGUGCAACACUACCACUCACUGCUUGGAACAAGUAUGACAGACAUCCUCUUACUUUGACUUAUUAUGAUAAUUCUGACUCUUCUCAACCUUACUGCAAUCUCUGCGAGAAAGAAAGAGAGCCAAAUCGUUGGUUUUAUUACUGUGUUGAUUGUGAUACCUCUCUUCAUCUCGAUUGUGCUCUUUGUGAUCUCUCAUAUAUGAAGUUUGGGGACAAAUUCAAAUAUUAUCAUCAUAAGGAAUGUGCUGAGCUAGAGUUAGCCCCCCAGAUUCAGCAUCCUUUCCACCCCAAACACCCUCUCACUCUUUUGCCAGAAUCACCUUAUUUUGGGGUCGCAAGCUGGUGCAAUUUGUGCGGUAAGAAAUUUCGGGGAUUUGUUUAUAAUUGUUAUGAUUGUAAGUUCGAUCUGCACAUCAAUUGUGCUUUGCUUCAAUCAUCCAUUGCUGCUAAUUUUACUAGUUCUUUGCACCCCCAUCCAUUGUUCUUCAUUCAAAACCAUAACAAUGAAGUUGAUUCUGAUUGCUCCGGGUGUCAAAAACCAAUAUCUGGUCCAUUUUACCACUGCUCAGAUUGCACAUAUCAUAGAGUUUUUAACCUUCAUAAGGAAUGUGCUGAACUACUCCUUGAGAUUAAUCACCCCUGUGACCGUAUGCAUCUUCUUACUCUCUUGCCACAACCGCCUACUCAUACCCAGAAAUGUAGUUGCUAUUUGUGCAGAAUCCAAUGGAAGGGGUUUGUUUAUUCCUGCUCUCUAUGCAACUUUGAUCUUUCACUUGAUGAUUUUCGUUUUUCACCACCAACAAUCACAGUUGCAAGUCAUGAACACCCGUGGAUGCUUGUAUCUAGAAAAAUGUGGUUUGUUUGUGAUUUUUGUGGCACUGACGGGGAUCACUCCCCUUAUUAUUGUGAUACAUGUGUACUUUUUGUCCACAAGAAUUGCAUUUCAUUGCCACGCCACAUCAGGAUAACACGACAUCGUCACACGAUUUCUCUUUGGUAUUCUUUUCAACAGAAUCAAAUUGAGGAUUGGAUGUGCAAAAUUUGUUACAAGGAAGUUGAUAUAAGCUAUGGUCAUUACCGUUGUCCUGCUUCUCGUUGCCGUUAUAUUGCUCAUGUACGUUGUGCAACUGAUAAAGAAAUUUGGGAUGGAAGAAUUAUGCCGAAAGGCUAUGAUGAGGGGUCCGGGGAAGUGCUGGAUGAACCAAAUUUGAUUACUGAUGUCUUUGAACAAAUUCGUAUUGGAGAGCUAGUGGUAGCAAGUGAGAUAAAGCAUUCCUAUCAUGAUCAUAAAUUAAGACUCACUUUUAGUGGGAAGACCAAAGAUGACGAUAGUCAGUGUGAUGGGUGCACGAGACCUAUAUCAACCCCUUUUUAUGGUUGUGAGCAAUGCAAGUUCUUUCUCCACAAAGAUUGCGCUGAAUUGCCUAAACAAAUGCCACACCCAUUUCACAGGCAUUUGCUUACUCUCUCAAACACACACAGUGAGGAUGGUUAUUCACGGUGCAGUGCUUGUGAUCGUUGGUAUCAAGGAUUUCAAUACCGAUGCUACAAAAGAGAUUGCCGCUUCGAAAUUGAUAUUCAAUGUAUGUUAUUGUCAAACACCUUUAAGCACCCAAGGCAUGAUGAGCAUUCACUCUUUCUUGACCAUAAGAACCAGGGAAGGAGUUGCAGUGCUUGUUUCAGAACACUAAACUUAGGGGAUAUUGCAUAUAGAUGCAUGAAGCGCUGUGAUUUCAGUUUAGAUGUUGGUUGUGCAACACUACCACUCACUGGUUUGUACAAGUAUGACAGGCAUCCUCUUAAGUUGACUUAUUCUGAUGAUCCUGAGCCUUCUCAACAUUACUGUGACCUCUGUGAGAAAGAAAGAGAGCCAAAUCGUUGGUUUUACUGCUGUGUUGAUUGUGAUAACUCUCUUCAUCUCAAUUGUGCUAUUGGGGAUCUCCCAUAUAUGAAGCUUGGGAACAAAAUCAAAGGUUUUCAUAAGCAUCCACUCACUAUUGUGAAAAACAUCUGGAAUUGCCCUCCAUGUAAGGUAUGUCGUGAGGUUUGCGAUGGACAGGCCUUAGAAUGUAAAGAAUCUGAAUGCAACUUUACUGUCCAUUGGAAUUGUCGGAUCUCCAGUGAAUCACUUGAAUGAUAUUCCACUCAAGUUUAAGAAACAGAGAAGGCACAUGAUGAGAGAUGUGUUGUGUUCUGUGGAAGGGUGUAGCAGAUUUGGUAAAAAUGGGUGAUGGCCUUAGUUGUUGUAAUCUGCAUUAUGUUAUGUUUACUAUAGUUGUUUGGGCAGUAGAAAAUUGUGUUAGAUGAAACAUGAUCUGUAACUACAAAUCUUUAUCAUUCACUUUUCUUAUCUGCUUGUUAUUCUUUCAACCUUUAUCUAAAAUUAUUAUUGAGAAUGAAGAAAUGCUUUCUAGCUUGUCAUAAUAA